AUAUAUUCAUUGUAAAAGUAUUACAUGUAUUUAUUUUGGUACAUUUUGUCUUGGGAAGGUAAAAAGGAAUGCCAUGGAAGAAUAAGAAUGUCAAGUGAGUCUUAAAUGAUUUAUAGAAAGGAACUGAACACAGUGUUAGCGGGACAUCGACCGGAUUAAAGUAUGCUCAAUGCACGAUUGCUUUGGUGCACGCUGAUUGGCUCAUUCUUAUCCAACCAGCGUUUGGCAAUACUUAGUGAACACUCUAGGAAUCUUCUCAUGUGAAAAACUAUUAAUAUACUAACGUUUUCCCUAUUGCACUUGCUUGCUUCUUACUUCCAUCUAACCUUGUUAUUUAGAAUAUAAUCUCUUUCCUGUUCAACCGUGUUCUGAUUUGGGGGACUUGUCGAGUGAAUCGGUGUCUGAGAAUACUAAGCAAUAGGAAUAGUUGGGUUAUAACCGUAAGACAGAAUUAUAACACACAGAUUCCAUCUAAAAUGUAUGAGCAUUAAGUUUGAUGGGGGGGGGAGAAAAUUGAAAGUGUAACUUUUCAGUGAAUUGUUCCACUAUUUCAAGAUUGUCAACAUAAACGAUGAUGAAAAUAUCAAGACCUUCGUUCUAGCUAUUUUAAUCAUAAACUUUUAACCUUUUAAAUUGUUACGAUGCAUUUUUGUCAUACUUCUUUGAUUUUUUUGUUUUUUAGUAGUACAAUCCUUUAAAAAAGCACAUCAGAAUGAUUACUCAAGUAAAUAGAAAAUAAAAUACACAAAACAAUGCCAGAUUACUGUCAUGAGGAGAAUUUAAAACAAACAGAGAAUGUUACUAUGCAUGAAUCCAAUAAACAUUAUCCUAAUGAUCCAGGCCUAGAUGUAGCUUCACUUAAAAUCAUUGAGUUAUCUAAAAAAAUUAGAGAAUUGAAUGCUUCACUUGUGAGUGAACGAAACAAAUGCAAUAACUUAUAUCAAAUAGUUAGAAAGUUGGAAUGUGAAUCGGUUAACUCAUCAAACAAAAAUGUUCUAUGUAGUUUAUGUAAACAGAACAAUAUCACAACGAACGAAAACAUUGAAAACAUAUCAGACGAUGUAGAACACGAGAAGCAGAAGCAGAAAAAGAAAUUAAAAAAACUAGAAUCUGUUGUUAUGGAAUUACGUCAAAAAAUUCAAAUCUUAAAUCAUGAUUUAUUAUUAGCGAAAAAAGUAAUCGAAUCAGAAACUGGUGAAUGGAUACCAAAUUUAAAUAGUUGGUUAAUAAAUUUAAAAUUAAAACCCGAUGGAACAUAUGGAAAUUGGCGUGGUCGACAACAACAAAUCAUUGCACUAAAACAUCGUAUUAUAAAAUUACAAUCACAACUUACUUUAAAAAAUUCUUCACACAUAGAAGAUGUAAUUUCUAAGGUGAAUAUAGAGAAUGAAACAUUUUCUGGUGCAACAUUAUUGGAUAUUCAUUCAUUUCAAGAUAAUCAUGAUGAUGAUGAUAAUAAUAAUGAUGAUAAGAUGACUUCCAAAGUAUCUAAAUUGAAUUCUAUCAUUGAACAAAAUGAUUAUAGAACAACUAAUCUUAUUCAAUUACAACAUGAUAAUAAACAAUUAAAAGAUGAAAUUGAUUUAACUAAAAAAAAUUUACAAAAAAUUAAAUUACAUCAUAAUCAUUUAUUAAAAGAACAAAAAGAAUUAAAACAACAAAUUUUAUUUUUAAUAAAUAAAAGUAAACAUGAUAAUGAAUUAAUUGAAUCAUUAAUACAACAUAGAAAUAAUUUACAAAAUGAAUUAAAUAAAUUAAAUCAAAUGAAUAAUGAAAAUACAAAUGAAAUAGAAAAAUUAAAUGAAGAACAAUUAAAUUUCAAACAAAUAAAAGAUGGAGAAAUUCAAAAAUUACAAGAAAUUAUUAUGGAGAAAAACCAAUUAAUUGACAAUAUGAAUGAACGUCUUUCUACAAAUCAUCAAAUACAUUUGAAUACAUCAGAACAUGAAACAAGCAAUGAAAUACCAUCUAAUGUAAUGAAUUCAUCACAUUAUGAUUUGGAUUAUAUUAAAAAUUAUAAAAUUGAACGUGAUGGAUUAAUAAAAUUGAUAGAAACGAUGGAAUGUAGAAUUGAUGAGCUUAUCAAUGAAAAAAUGAAACUUGAAAUGAAAAAUGCUGAAUUAACAAGAAAAACUCUUGUGAAACCAAAUGUAAAAAAUCAAUAUUUUUUAAUCAAUGAAAAAUCAAUAAAAUCCGAUGAUUCCCAUAAUACUAAUACUACUAAUACUACUACUACUAAUAAUAAUAAUAAUAGUAAUAAUGAUAAUAUUAAUGAUAGUGAUAAUAAUGAACGAUUAUUUCAUUAUCUUAUCAAUGAUAAUUAUAUUAAAAAUUUAAUUCAAAAAUGUUCAUUAUCAUCAUAUUCAAUGAAAAUUAUUAUUAAAUGUAUAAAACAAUAUCAAACUAUAUUAAUACAAUAUUAUAAUGAAAUAAUAAAUUUAAAAAAUAAUAUAAAAUUAAUAUUAGAUUAUCAUAAAGAUGAUUUUAAAUUAAUGAUGAAUAUUAUUGAUGACUUAAAACAACAACAACAACAACAACAACCACAGCAACAACAACCACCACCACCAUCACCACCUCAGCAACAACCACAGCCACCACCACAACGACAACAAUAAAGAAAAGAAAAGAUAUAAAGAAAUACACAUUUAAAAGAAAAAAGUAGUACUUUUAUUGAUUUAUUAAUGGGUUGAUUUAAUGUGAUCGUUUUUUAAUAUUUUUGUUGGUAUAAGAUAGAAUU